GCAGCCAUGUUGAUCGUGGCUAGCACGGGGGCCGGCACCAGCAGGUUUUAGAAGCAGGUGUCAUGAUGUUGUCCGCGGUGUUGAGGAGAACCGCGCCAGCGCCUCGGCUCUUCCUAGGGUUAAUCAAAUCUCCAUCUCUUCAAAGCCGGGGAGGUGCUUACAACCGUAGCGUAAUCACCGGAGACCGCGGGGAGCCGCAGCGGCUGAGAACUGCCGCCUGGGUGCGCCCUGGAGCAUCUUCUUCUGUCUUGUUCCCCGGACGGGGGGCAGCCACCGGGGGGCGCCGUGGAGAACGCACCGAGAUCCCAUACCUGACUGCCGCCUCGUCGGGACGCGGUCCUAGCCCGGAAGAAACACUCCCAGGACAAGACAGCUGGAAUGGGGUCCCCAACAAGGCGGGAUUGGGCAUGUGGGCCUUGGCCAUGGCGCUGGUGGUUCAGUGCUACAACAAGAAUCCAUCUAACAAGGAUGCAGCUCUGAUGGAAGCUGCCCGAGCCAAUAAUGUGCAGGAAGUCAGAAGGCUGUUAUCAGAAGGUGCAGAUGUCAACGCAAGGCACAAACUUGGCUGGACAGCAUUGAUGGUGGCAGCCAUCAGCCACAAUGAGAGUGUGGUACAGGUUCUGCUUGCUGCUGGAGCUGACCCAAACCUUGGGGACGACUUCAGCAGUGUCUACAAGACUGCCAAUGAACAAGGAGUCCAUUCUUUGGAAGUCCUAGUCACUCGAGAGGAUGACUUCAACAACCGACUAAACCACCGUGCGAGUUUCAAAGGCUGCACAGCCCUGCACUAUGCUGUCCUGGCCGACGACUACAGCAUCGUCAAGGAACUACUGGGUGGAGGAGCCAACCCCCUUCAGAGGAAUGAGAUGGGACACACACCCCUGGAUUAUGCCCGGGAAGGGGAGGUUAUGAAGCUUCUGAAAACUUCUGAAACCAAGUACAUGGAGAAGCAGAGGAAGCGUGAGGCAGAAGAACGGCGCCGCUUCCCCCUGGAGCAACGACUGAAGGAGCACAUCAUUGGCCAGGAGAGUGCCAUCGCUACCGUUGGUGCUGCGAUCCGGAGGAAGGAGAAUGGCUGGUAUGAUGAGGAGCACCCUCUAGUCUUCCUCUUCUUGGGAUCAUCUGGAAUAGGGAAAACUGAGCUGGCCAAGCAGACAGCCAAGUAUAUGCACAAAGAUGCCAAAAAGGGCUUCAUCCGGCUCGACAUGUCUGAGUUCCAGGAGCGACAUGAGGUAGCCAAGUUUAUCGGUUCUCCGCCAGGCUACAUCGGCCAUGAAGAAGGUGGCCAACUGACCAAGAAACUGAAACAGUGCCCAAAUGCAGUAGUUCUCUUUGACGAGGUGGACAAGGCCCAUCCAGAUGUGCUCACCAUCAUGCUGCAGCUGUUUGAUGAGGGCCGCCUGACAGAUGGCAAGGGGAAGACCAUUGACUGCAAGGAUGCCAUCUUCAUCAUGACUUCCAAUGUAGCCAGUGAUGAGAUCGCCCAGCAUGCAUUGCAACUGAGACAGGAAGCUUUGGAGAUGAGCCGAAAUCGAAUAGCUGAAAACCUUGGGGAUGUCCAGAUUAGUGACAAGAUCACCAUCUCAAAGAACUUCAAAGAGAAUGUGAUCCGACCCAUCCUGAAAGCUCACUUCCGGAGAGACGAGUUUCUGGGAAGGAUCAAUGAGAUUGUCUACUUCCUCCCUUUCUGCCACUCGGAGCUCAUCCAGCUGGUCAACAAGGAACUGAACUUCUGGGCCAAGAGAGCCAAGCAGAGACACAACAUCACACUACUGUGGGACCGCGAGGUGGCAGACGUGUUGGUUGAUGGCUACAACGUCCACUAUGGUGCCCGCUCCAUUAAGCAUGAGGUAGAGCGCCGUGUGGUAAACCAGCUGGCGGCAGCCUAUGAGCAGGACCUGCUACCAGGGGGCUGCACCCUGCGUAUCACUGUGGAGGACUCAGACAAGCAGCUCCUCAAGAGCCCUGAGCUGCCCUCGCCCCAGGCUGAAAAGCGUCCGCCUACACUGCGACUGGAGAUCAUUGAUAAGGACAGCAAGACCCACAAACUGGACAUCCAGGCACCACUCCACCCCGAGAAGCCCACCACCCAGCAGAAGUAGUGGAAAGAAAGGAUUCUGGGGGAAGUGGACCUGUUUAGAAAAGGUUCUUUGGAGCAGCUCUCAUCUGCAUUGUCAGGAAAUCAGCAGUCAGUUCACAGGUCAGCAGUGGCAGCUCGAUGCGCUCGCAAACACUUCCCAGAUCAGAUACACCAGCAGUCCAGUUCUGAAGUGUCGGGAUAGCAACCAUGAAUCAGCAGUGGUAGCAGUACCUAGCAGAGACAGCCAGGCCUCAGCCUCAGCACACGUCAGCCGGAGGGACCAGGAGGGACACCAGAAGGUCUUGGCUGUGCUUCUCACAGCAAAGUGAAGAUCUGUGGCGAUGCAAGAGACUAAGAAGUGUUUAGCUUUGUAAGCAAGCUCAGCCUCCUCACUGUUGAGUCCUUUGUAUGCUUCCUUCAAACAUCACAUGUCCUCCACGGGUCUGGCCUCAACGUGCGCAUCCUUCUCAGCUGACAUCACUGCCAAUCAGCCAGACUCCGUGGAAGCAGAAAGAAACUGACACACCACCAGAAGUUUUUUGGUGCAUUUUUUCUCUAUGGAGUCCCAACAAAUGGAGCUCAACUACUCAAUGUAAGGCAAACCAAUACAUGCGUGUCAUUAGCGAAGAAUGACACAUCACAUGUCUUUAUCACGUCUUCAUCAGUUCCUGAUGGCUUCCCUCAGUGGACAUCUGUAUGCAAAGAGCCAUGAACUCUACUCACCCAAGCUGCUUUUGUUUAGUGUUUCAUCCGAACACAGAAAAGUAACUACAACGAUAUAGAGCAAACUAGAAUACACCUGUGUGUGUGUGUGUGUGUGUGUGUGUGUGUGUGUGUGAUAUGUGUAGAUACACACAUGUAGCCAUCACUGCCCCCCCAAUAUUAAAGGAUGAAUUCUAAAUGCAUUAGAACAAUCUAAAAAAAAAUCUGUUUUAGUGAUACGUUCUUAUAAAAAUAGCACUUGGAGAUAGCUGUAGGAGGAUCAAGAGUUCAGAGUCAUCCUCAGUUACAAGUUCAAGGCCAGCCUGAACUAUAUGAGUCUUUGUCUUUUGAAAAGGUGGUGGUGGGGUCCAUAGUAGCUCAUUCUUGUAAUCCCAACACUGGGAAGGUGGAGGCUGGAGGACCAUCCCUGAAUAGUGACUGUGAGGUCAACUUGAUCUACAUGAGACCCUAUGGAGUGAAUGAAUAAAUUACACUCAGACUUGAUAAGACUGAUCCAAGAAAUCAUCUGUGUCACCUCUGACUAUAUGUACAAGUUCCACUAAGUUGAACUGUAGACACUGAUCUCACAGCUGCGACCAGCGUCAGCAAUACCAUCAACUCAGCAAACGCUAGCUAAUCCUCUGGAAGGAGAAUAGCUGAUCCACCUUUACAAUUACUAUUGAAGAGAAUGCCCCCAUUUUUAGAAAAUAUAAAGACAACUUGGGAUCUUAGUUUGCCGUGUACACUGAAGAGGAGAAGCUGCAGUUACUGUUGGAAAUCUGCAGGAAAAUGUACAGAGAUUAUACUGUUUUUGCAACUUUUCUUUUAAGUUUACAAUAACUUAAAGUUUUUAAGUGAAAGAUAAAAUAUGUAUCCGUGUAUGAUGAGUUCAAGAAAAAAUAUUUGUAUAUGAUAGAUCACUAAAAUACUACUAAGUGUUUAACUUAUAAAUGCUCUCUCUCAAGGCUGAAGCUAGGGGAGAAUACCAAAUGGGAACAAAUUUUGGAAAGUAAAUGAUCUUGUUCUGAUAUACAAUUGUGUAUUUAGAAAACCCAGAACUUAUUAGCAUUAAAGAUAUUUGGUGAGUGACUAAAUAAAAGCUUAAUGUACCAAAAAACCUC